CACUAUUUACCAGAGUCACAGCCAUAAACCCCGCCUAUUUCUACACUUUAUCUUCUUAAAAUGUGAUUUUAAACCUAACGACACUGCUAACCUUAUGCCUUACCAUAACCUUAAAUUAAUACCAAAAUAUUUUGUUUUGUUUUUAGGAAUCUUUACGAUUUUGACUUUGUGGCUGUGCUAUCUAGUGGAAUCCAAGUGCACGGAUUGAGCGGAAGUAACGUUAUUGCCAUUUGCAAGAUUAUUAUUUUUUGCUUCCAAAUUCGUUUAUGGGAAUAUGCAUUAGCUACUACUAAAAACAUUCCUCCCCAGGUUUGAGCAUGUUUCAGGCGUGGCAAGGUAUAAGAUCACUCACCAACUCAAUUCGACGGUAUCCAGUGCAAAGACUAGUGUGUGUAAAGGCCACCACCACUAGAACGUGCUCAGGCUACCAGCAGGCUAAUGUGGUGAUCCUCCAUAAGAGCCUAGCUGAUGACUUCGAGGCAUUCUGCCACGCCAACCCCAGCCCCCUGCCCCUGCUGUACAGGAGUCAGCCUGGGGAGUGGGGCUGUCCACCUCUCGCUGCAGACGCAGACAUCAGAGUGGACUGUCCCCAGUACUGUGUGUUUAAGGACGGCCUGCUGGUAUCCAGAGUGUCCAGCCUGAUGUCCUACAGCGGUCAGCUCCAGGACAUGGUCAGCUUCUACCUGGGCUGUAGCUUCAGCUUUGAGAGGACACUGCGGGAGGCCGGGGUCCCUGUCCGAAAUGUGGAGCAGAACUGUAAUGUCAGCAUGUUCAGGACAUCUCUCCAGUGUAGAGGAGUGGGUCAGUUCCAGUGCCCUAUGGUGGUGACUAUGAGACCAGUACCUGAGGAGAAGCUGGACAUUGUGGCCCAGAUCACUCACCUGACCCCUCUGGCCCAUGGAGGACCCAUCCACAUCGGGGACCCAGCUGUGCUGGGGAUCCAGGACGUAUCCAGGCCGGAGUAUGGGGACCCGGUGGCCCUUUGCCCAGGAGAUGUACCUGCGUUCUGGGCCUGUGGGGUCACUGGUGUGGAGGCUGUCCAGAGUUGCAAGCCCACACUGGCAUUCACCCACUCUCCAGGCUGCAUGUUCCUCACUGAUCGAGAGGACUCAUCCGUCUCUGCGUCCACAUCCACCCCUGAGCCUGACCAAUGCCCUCUGACUUUCUCCAUCUCCCAGCAGCCUUUGCAUUUCAGUGUGGCCUCUAAGACUGUAGUCCAGAGCAUACGAGACCUGGAGAAGAUCAUUGGCGAGGACCCAGGAGAGAGGGGUAUCCGUGCAUUGUUUGUCCAGGAUGAGUUGCUGAGGUCUUGCCUGUCCCUCUCCCACUCCUCAUCUGUGCUCAUCACUACGGGGUUCCCCACCCACUACACACACAACCCCCCUGAGGAGACAGACGGGCCCCCCGGAGCCAUCGCCAUAGCAGCCACCCUCCAGGCCCUCCAGAAGGAGGUUGCUAUAGUGACGGAUCACCGUGCCCUGGAGAUGAAUCAGAGGAUUAUGGAAGAUGCAGUGAAGAAAGGUGUGAUAAAGACAGCCGUACCACUACUCAGUUACCAAGGCAACAGCCCAGACUCAGCACUGUACUUCCUGUGUCAUAACGGAGACCAUAAAAAGCCCAGGUUUGACCACUUGGUGGCAAUAGAGCGCAGUGGCAGAGCGUCUGAUGGGAACUACUACAAUAUGAGAGGAGUGAACAUCAAACACCUGGUGGACCCUAUAGAUGAUCUAUUCACCACAGCCAGCACCAUCCCUGGCAUCAGCACCACAGGGAUAGGAGAUGGCGGGAACGAGCUGGGCAUGGGCAAGGUGAAGGAGGCAGUGAGAGAACACAUGCCCAAUGGGAGCCUGAUAGCCUGUGACGUGGCUGCUGAUUUUGCCAUCACUGCAGGAGUGUCUAACUGGGGAGGCUACGGCAUGGCCUGUGCUCUGUACAUCCUCAGUCUCUGUCCCAUCCAUCAGCGGUACCGCCACAAAGGCCUGGGCCAGCCUCACCCACCUACCCAGGACCAGCACCAGGCCUGGGCUGCUAGCCUGCCCUCUGUAGCCAAGGAGGAGGAGAUGCUGUCCAUCCUGGUGCAACAUGGUGUCCGCAGCGGAAAGACAGGAACCUUGGGCAUGGAGGUGGACGGCCUGUCCUUUCACCCCACACACUCUGACCUCAUCAUAAAGCUCAGGGACCGCACCUCACAGAGAAAGUGAAACUACACCUUACAAACUACCACCUAUGCAAAGUAGUGAACACACCACCAACCCACGCAGAGAAGUGAAAAUACCAUGCCGUUGCUGUCAUUCGCAUCCCCUCCUCCGUAUCCACCACACCACCCCCAACGAUUGGGGAUGGUCCUUGGUCUGUGACCAGGUGGAAGCCCCACCCGAGCCAAAAGCUACUACACUGCAAAAAACGACACUCUCUCACAUCAUUAAUCAUCUGAUUGCAUGGAACCUGAACACGAUAUUACAGUACAUGGCAGUCUUCCUAAAGGCUUGAGUUUGAUGCUGUCAUGUUUGGAUCAAACUGAGAAGUGUGGAGUUGGAGUUGUCUGCAGCUGUGCAUUUGAUUACUCCCGAACGUUUAUUACGAACUUCAUAAAUUAAAAACCUUUGUCCUUUUGUAGCUCAGUUGGUAAGAGCAUGGCGCUUGUACUGCCAGGGUAGGGGGUUCGAUUCCCGGGCCCAUCCAUACAUAAAAUGUUUCAUGCAUGACUAAGUUGCUUUGGAUAUAUCAUGUUACUAUAACAUAUCAGGCUUUAGCUUGUAAUCAGACAACGCCAUAAACCAAGUUGAUUUUUAUAGCUUUGUGAUCUUAAUUCUAUUAUAAACAAGGCACUAGAUUAGAACUAUAUACAACUGUUUUUAGUUUGAUAUAGACCUUGAAUAUCACAAUUCCCAAUCUCUCAAAUAUCUUGUGUUGAAAAGUAUUCUUUUUUUGUUAGUAAAAUCAUCUUGUGUUGAUUAGUAGGACCAAAUUAAUAUAACCAAAUAGAGAAUCAGUCACGCACGCACAGUUCCGAAGGCAGACUGCUCUCAGGGACAGUUGACUGCCUUUGUGGCACACUUCCAACUGUGCUAUGCUACUAACACUUCGUCUCCAGCUAAAAGUCAGAGGGGUCUGUGUGUUUUACUCACCAGAAAUACUGGCUUGGUAACUUUUUGUCUUCCUUAGCUUUGAGUCGGUGAGCAAAACACUUGCUAAGAGCAGAGUACCACUGAAACCUGUCCUAAAAACUCUCUAAUUCUUCAGAGAUAUUGUUUAAAGUUACUCAACACACUGUCUCACUAAUAUUAAUGGUGUUAAUGACAUUUGUAUUCAAAAUCAUAAUCACUUGUGAUUAUUUAUUUUAAUACACUACAUAAACUGUUAAAUCAUGUAAUAAUAAUUUGGAAAGUAAUCAAAGUGCUGUUAUCUGAUUAGAACCAGAGCUCCACUGAAACAUGAUUUCAUCUACUGUCAGUGCCAGUGUGUGCCAUGUUAGGGGCCACCCUCCCUAAAUAUCCCACCUUCUCCCUUACUUCCUCCCUCCACAGCCAAGGUCACUCACAGAUCUGUCUAAAACAACCUUUCACACACACAUCUUACCGUCAACACUGUCUGACAAACACAUGGUAUGGUUUCAGGCCACUCCGCUAAGACUGAAGACAUAUUGAAUUCUCCAGCCAAAUAAUUCAAUCCAACAUUAUGCUCCUACUCUUGUUUCUAGUCCUUAUGUCACACAGUUUGUUUAUCUAUGGUUUUCUUAUCUAACAUGGUUAUGAUAGAAAGCAAUGAUAUUAGGUUUGACCUUUCCAAAUGAAGCCCUUUCCUUCUAGGUUCAGCCAAAGUAAAGUUAGUGUCGUCCAAGGAGGCUUCUGUUGCUAGGUUAAUAAACAAACCAAUGCUUUUUCUUCGCUAGCGACUGGUUACACCUGAGAAUGUUUAGCAUUACUCGAUGAUCGAAUUAAUGAGUUGCUUACUUGAUAAAAUAAAUGUUAAAAUGCAGAACUGAACAAUUUCAGCCCAACAAAAACAGGACGCUGACAAUCAGUGUCAAUUCAACUCUAGUCCCACUGAGCUGUGUGUACGCACGGAUCUGCUUCAAGUGUGUUUGGAGUUUAAUGCAUUAGUUGUGUUUGAGUGUGUAGUUCUAUUUUGAAUCAAAUUCCAACUGCCAAGGCAAAGUUAACUAACUGGUUGUUUCUGGGACGACUCCUUCACAGGUGAUAGAGAUAGUUGACGUGAUAGAGGAAUGGCUUUAGUUGCAUCUGCCUCAAACUCCUACAAGGUGGCAAAAGUGUGAAAAAUGAGAACAUACAAGACAAUUUGUUUCAUGCCUAAGACAUAUCAGAUGAGCAAUCUGAAUAAGAUGCAAAUGAAUGCAUCAAAUCUUGGAGAAACAAAUACAGGAAAGCCCACUCUUCCAGAGAGCACAAUCCCAGAGGAAGACACCUUAACUCUACAGAAGAAUCCUGACACAUUAUGGCAGCAUUUUAAUAUUGAUGUUGUAAAUAUGAGAGAUGUGCUGAGAAAAUGUCCAAAAGAAAAACAGCAAGGGUUCAUAACUUCAGCAGAAGUAGAAUAAAAGUCAUGUAACAGCAACUAUCCUACGCAACAAGAAUGCAUUUCCUGCAUCACUGAAUACAGUGUGUCACUGCUAACGUCAAGCAAGACCACAUGGUCUCAAAGCAAAUCUUUCAAAUAACAAGAAUUCAACAAGAGAAGAGAACAUUAAACCCAUGAUUUGGUUAAGACAUAUCUACAAAAAUAGACUUUGAACAUUACUCUACAGAUAUAUGUGUUCUUAUUGUGUGGUUAAAGUGACAUGCAUACAUAUACACAUACAAUAUUUGAACAAAUAUUACAUUUGAUAACAUUAGAGACCCUGGGCUGAUAGCGACGUAUGAGUCAACACUAUUGUUACACAGUCUCCUACUGUAUGAAGUUAUUCACCCAUGAUUUAUUAUCUCUGUAUGUUUGCCUUACAUGUUCCAAUUCAUCAUCAUCAUCCUUAGAACAACCAGUCUAUCCUUAGGUGAUUUACAACUGCCUCAUUCACCAUUGAAAAGCCUCUUUUCCUAUGUCCUUCUGCUUUGGGAAGAUCUGGUACUUAAAAAAGUAAAAAUACCAAUGUAAGGAGGGGAAACAUGCAGCAGAAAAUCUGUGCAGAGUGUGAAAGGUGAGAGGUCAGCUGUGCUGGUCCUCAUGUGGGGUACUACUGAGCCUGACGCCGCUGGAAUAAUCCACUUAAAAUCUAUCUUUUGGUAUUUGUUUAAUUGGUCCUCUGUUGAUAGAGUCACCAAAUGUUAUGCAUGCCAGAAAUCAAGUUUUCAAGAUAUUGAACUUUUAAAUUAUGCAUAACUUGUCAUAUCGGCUGUAUUUCUGCCUGCUUGAACGGCAAUAGUUCAGAUACACAUUAAAACAUGAAAUGACCCGGGAAUCAAUAGAACAUCACUCAGAGAUGCACAAAAACAACAUAACAUUCAACAUUAAUUACUUUCUGUUAAGGCUCUAAACCUGUGUAUGUAUGCAUUUAUGUGAGCUCCAAAAGUAUUGGGACAGUGACACAUUUGUUGUUGUUUUGGCUCUGUACUCCAGGACUUUGGAUUUGAAAGGAUACAAUGACUAUGAAGGUUAAAGAGCAGACUGUCAGCUUUAAUUUGAGGGCAUUUUCAUCCAUCCUUUUCAGGUGAACUGUUUAGAAAUUACAGCACUUUUUGUACAUAGUAGCUGUAUUUCAGAGGACAAAUCCACUAAUAUCUGUAAUAAAGUAUUAAAAAGUGA